AUGCACGUGCGGGAUUCGGAUGCGUCCGGAUUGUUGGUCGCCACGAAAUCCCAACGGUAUGUUUGACGUUUAUUGUUACAUCACCUAUGCAAUGUUAAUUUUGUGUUCGUGGAGACGGAAGCAAAAUCAUUUGAAUUUUGUUUGAAAGAAUUGUGACUUUCGAUUCAGAUGAUUUUUAGAUUGGGCUUGAAAAAAAAGGGAAAACCAGGGGGGAGGGAAGAUAAAAUAUUUUCUUUGAAUAUAUUUAAAAUUUUAUAGCACCAAAAAGACCGCGUCCAAUCAUGUUAAAAUUUUUUAAAGGAAUGAGAGAGAAAAAGGUAAAGAAGGGUAAAAAUCGUGUUUGUCCAUAAAACUUUGUUAAAUUUUUUUGAUGAAAGGUAUUGCGUUCUUUCAAAGAUCAAUAGACAAGUUUACCCUAAUUUAACCUGCUAUCCAUUAGUACACUUAGUCAAUCAGUAGUAUACAAAUUUGAGAACAAUAAUAAAUUUUAAUCAUUUGACCUUUGACCAAAAACUACAGUUUUAUUCUGACUUAGAAAUGUCUUACCUAAGCCUACCAAGCCUACUAAGCCUACGCUUAAGCCUAAGCCUCAGCCUCAGCCUCAGCCUCAGCCUACGCCUACUAAGUCUAAGCCUACUAAGCCUAAGCCUACUAAGUCUAAGCCUACUAAGCCUAAGCCUACUAAUCCCAAGCCUACUAAGCCUAAGCCUACUAAGCCUAAGUCUACUAAGCCUAAGCCUACCAAGCCCAAGCCUACUAAGCUUAAGCCUACUAAGCCUAAGCCUACUAAGCCUAAUCCUAAUAAGCCUAAUCCUAAUAAGCCUAAGCCUACUAAGCCUAAUCCUAAUAAGCCUAAUCCUAAUAAGCCUAAGCCUACUAAGCCUAAGCCGGCUGUUUUUCCUACAUUUUUCAAAAUCAUUAACAUUGCCCAAAGAAAACGUGACGUUUAGAUAACCGGGGAUUUGUUUGCCUUAUUUGCAGCUGCUAAUCCACAUAAACUCUGAAAAAAAACGGUAAAACGUAUUUUCACUCUGAGAACAUUGAAUGAUCUAUAACACGCCGAAAACAUUACGUAACGAUCUAAACAAGUACACACAAGAGAUUAGACUAGUUUACCAAAACAACCACAUUUUUGCAUAAAUUUACGAGAGUUCGAAUUAGGUUAUCAUUAUAAAAACAGGUCUGGUAUUGGCUAUUAUAACUAUUUUAUUAUUAGGUGCCGACAUAAAGAACCCGCCAUUUUUUACAGGAAAUUACAAGCAAAGUAUGGCGGGUUCUUUAUGUCGGCAUCUAAUAAAGCCAUCUAUUUUCAGUCGCCGUACAAAACCACAUAAGUUAGCCAUCAUGAUACGACUAUCACAGUUCUUUUUCGUUGUUUUACUAUUGAUCUCAGCCGGUUAUCUCAUAAUAUCACUACAUUUUGGUCGAUUUCACACUGGUUUUGCCACAAAAAUUGCUUCAUCGUCUCCAUUCAGUGGAGUCUCGAAUCCACUAGAACAUGAUGCGGCGACGGCCGCUGAGGCACGGCUUAAAGUUAAGCUAAAGGUAUGGAACUUUGCUUAAAUUUAAGCUAAAGAUAGACAAUUUUAAAUCUUAUCGUUUUUUAUUAUCUUGCCCUGAUUUACCGUAUGAUACUCUGCUAAACUGUUAUAUAUCAACCUUACCCUACAAUCUUCUCAAUUUCAGCGCAAUCUCACAACCGUGCAAUCACCAGAAUCUCCAAAAGCCAAAAAGUCACCACCACUGACUACACCUCAAAAUGGCACAACAACUACAGUAGACCCUAUGAGUAUAUACAUGUCUUUUAAAGGUGAAUGUAAAUUGCCUAAAAUCAACCCAUUUGACGAGGCUAUUCUCGAAAAACUUGAUCCUAGUUCAAAUCCACUUCAAAACUGCACUGUUGAGAAGGGUCUUCGUACUGAAUUGGGCAGUGAUGACAUUGUCAGAGUACUGGAAAUGCCCACUGACCAAGAGGUCAAAUGUUAUUUUAGGUAUGGAUCUUUACAUUUUAGUUUGUUUUUCACUUUUAGUGUCUGGUAGAUCAUUUUAGCCUAAGGGAACAAGAUCAUCAUUUUUUAAUUAUUUUUUUUUAAAUAAUAAAAAAAAAUUUUUAAAUUUAAAACUUCCAAACCAAUUUCUUUCAGAGCCCUGUAUCAGUACAGCGAUCAGUACCUAGCGAUGGGUGAAUGGGUACUGAUAGACCCAGUAAAUGGUAGUAAAGUGUGGAGUGAGAUAAUUGAAACCAGUUGCUAUGACUCAAAGGUCGAACGCAUUACUAUUGAUCUCCAUUGGACUAUCAUUCCAAAGUAAUUUAUCUUGUUUUAGAGCUUUUUUAACAUACCGACUAUUAUUGGUUUUUUUAACAUUCUGACUAUUAUUGAUUUUUUUAAAAACAAAAAUUUACCAAAAAUUUUAGAGAAAACCCCCGAUCUGAAGAAAUACCGGACAGAGCACCAGAUGUCUUCAUCUUUCUACUGGACUCUGUUUCCAAUUCUCAAAUGUAUCGUUCUCUACCCAAAACAUUAAAAUUUUUGAACGAUUCAUUAGAAGCCGUGUCAUUUGAAUACGUUAACAAGGUUGGGCUUAACAGUCGUCCGAACGCUAAUGCUAUGUUAUUAGGUAACUCAUUGAUAACAUUGAAAUUUAUUACUUCUUCAAUGCUUCCUAAAACAUCACCCCAUACUCACCGUUUUAGUAUCAAAAAGAAAACCUAUAGUAAUAUGCAUAAAAGCUGAGUAGUACAAAAACAAUUUCAGGAGAAAGAUCCUACGACCUUCACAAAAGCCCAUUUGGACCGAUAGUACAGUAUGAACGAGAGUUGUGUAACAAGUCAAUAAACCGUGAGAACUACAUUGGUUUCAAUUUUAAGAACGCUGGUUACAAAAGGUUGAUGGCCGAAGACUGGGCUAUGGGCGUAUUCAACUACUAUCAAUGUGUCGGGUUCUAUGAUGCUCCUCCUGCUGAACAUUACAUGAGGUAAGGGUCUUUGCUUACUAAAAGGCCUUGUCUACCCCCCUGUCCUACCCUGCCCUAUCUUAACUCACCCUACCCUACCUUCUCCACCCUACUAAAUCCUAAAAUUUCAGGCCCUUCCAACUCCGUAUGGAACAAGAGACCUACACAGACAUGGUGAAGUACGUCUUCACGCCAAAGUGUGUAGAAUAUCAUCAUGUAUUAAUGAAUUAUACGGAAAAGUUUAUGCAAAUGUAUCCUCAUGAUUCCAAAUUUAGCAUGACCUGGAUGAGUGAAAUUGCACACGAUGAUUCUAAUGGUCUUUACCGCACCGACGACUUCUUUUUGGACUUUUUCAAACGAUACGAAACAUAUGUAAGUUAAUACUUAAAGACAAUUUUUGUAACGUAAUAAGCACCCCUCCGGCUAUGGCAAUAACUAAGAGCAUCGUUGCAAGCUUCGAUAUUAUAUAAGCAAACUCCUUAUAUUGAUGUAAUUUCAGUUCGACAACUCCUUUGUCUUCUUCAUGGGAGACCAUGGUAGACGUUACGGACCGGUAAAAGACACAGUGUACGGUGAACUGGAAGACUAUAAUCCCGGAAUGAAACUAAUUGUACCUAAAAAACUACGAAAAAACCAAAGUUUUAUGAAAAAUUUGAGGACAAAUUCGAAAAAGUUGACGACACACUACGACAUGCAUGCUACACUAACGGAAAUUCAUCAGGUAUGUUUCAAACAGCUAUAUUGUACUAUACUAUAAUAUAAGUUAGUAUAAUAUGAUGUGUAGUGCUGUACCAUACUAUAUUCCGUUUUCAAUUUCAGUACGGUGCAGAAUGGAAUGAGAACACAACGUUCGGCCCAGUUGGCAAAACUCAUUGGAAUAAGCGACUAUUCGGCUCUUCCUUCUUUCAUCCAAUGAAAGAACCUAGAAAUUGUGCCACUUUGAUGAUACCAUUCGAGUAUUGUAUUUGUGAUUUUGGAAAACACCAAGUUGACAAGCCUGAUAUUGCUUUGGCAAUCGCUUCUAAUGCCGUAGAUACGAUGAAUCAGCGAAUUAAUGCAAAUGAAGAAGCGGCCAAGCUAUGUGCUCAGUUGCAGGUUAAUGAAACUGACAUGAGGAUAUCUGAGGAGGAUGUGUUUGGAAAAGCAGUUUUUGAGGUUCAUUUUAGCGUGAAACCUAGUGGAGGCAUGUAUUAUGGGAAGGCGGAGGUGAGUUUUAGAAGAAACUUUUCUGAUAUUAGCAAUGCGGGGGACCACGUUCAGUACAAAUCUUUUUUGAACUCUCUUUUCCUAUGCUUAAUACUCAAAAUAUUAUAGUAAUAUGAAAAGCCUAUGACUGCGUUUCAGGUAAAAACAAUGCCAGAUAAAAGCUACAAAGUAUUGAUGAUAAACGACGAAUUCCCUCGCAAAGACCGUUACGAAGAACAAGCCAAAUGUGUGGGUGAUAAACAACUCAAAAACUAUUGUUACUGUACACAAUAA